UUCUCUCCCGUUCUUUCCUCUCUCUCUCAUGAUAAACUCAAUGAGGUUGUCUAUUUUUAACCUCCUGUUCUUUCCUUUUGGCAGAGUAAUCAGUACGAGCGGAGCUCUUUCCCUGAAUGAAUCCAAGUAACCCCAGUGGUUGCCUUCUGAAAUGAGAAGCAGCCACACAUCUGCACAGAGGCUGUCCGACGUGUAAACUCUGGUUGUAACGCACCAUGUCCAGCCAAGAGAGUCCUGCUGUGGAGUUUUCUACAACGACAGUUAGUUCAGUAGCUGUGCAGGCUGGGGACUCCAAAAUCGUUAUAGCUGUCAUAAAGUGUGGCAAAUGGGUACAGCUUCAGUUGGCUGAAUCACAGCCCAAUCUUCUAGAAAUUGGAAGCAAUCAAGAUGAAACCAAAAAACUUCUUCAUGAUCAUGAACUUCUUUUGGCCAAACUCAAGGCUUUGGAAGAUCGAGUAUGGGAACUCCUGCAAGAAGCAGACAAGACUGCUGAAGAGAACAAAGAUCAGAGUCAGGUCUAUGAUGCCAUGGCCAAAACGCUGGGCGAAGCGUGGGCAUCCCUGGUCUCCAUGCUUGAGAGAAGGAGGGAACUUCUCAGACUGACCUCUGAAUUUUUUGAAAAUGCCUUGGAGUUUGCCAUUAAAAUAGACCAAGCAGAAGAUUUCCUCCAGAACACUCAGGAGUUUGAGAGUGCCGAGUCCUUGAAAUCACUCCUUCAACUUCAUGAACUUCAUACCAAAGAACUCUUAGAACGAUCUCUAGCCCUUUUAAACAAAAGUCAAGAACUCACUGACUUCAUAGAAAAAAUCAAGAGUGAUGGACCUAAUGUAAAUGCUGAGAUGAUUCAGGGAGCUCAAAACAGCUGCCUGAAGAUCGACAGUCUCCUUGAACUUCUCCAAGACAGGAGGCGGCAACUAGACAAGUACCUGAAACAGCAGCAGCAGGAACUGAGUCAGGUUCUGCAGAUGUGUCAGUGGGACCAGCAGGAAAGUCAGGUCACAUGUUGGUUUCAGAAAACUAUAAGAGAUUUAGAGGAACAAGGUCUAGGUACAUCUCUUUCAGACAAUGAGGAGCUUAUUCAUAAGCAUGAGGAGCUGAUAAUAAAAGCAAAGGAAUGGAAUGCUGUGGUCGAGACGCUGAAGAGUGAGGCGCUGGGGCUUCUCCUCUCCAAGGAGCAUGUGCAGAGCGAACACCUACAGCUCUCUAACCAGAAACUGAAUCAGCUUCAAGAGGAGUUUAGUCAGCUCAUGGAGGAAAGGAAAAGCUGGUUAAAAAAGGCAAAUGAGUUUUUUAACAGCGCAAACAAGGCAUUUGAUGCACUUGGAAGAGUUGAAGCUUACCUUAAGCUCCUUAAAUCAGAGGGUUUAAGUCUGCCUGUCUUGGCGGUGAGGCAUGAGGAAUUACACAGAGAAAUUAAAGACUGCACAGCUGAUGCUUUGCAGAAAGGACAAGCCUUGAUCAGCCAACUAGCUUCCUGCAGCUCUCGGGUGGCCGGUGUCUGUGAGAUUAUGGGCUGCCUCAGAAGACGGGUAGAACAUCUGACUGAACAGUGUUCAGCGCACAAGGAAUUUGCUCUUAAGAGACAGCAAUUAACAGCCUUGGUGGAGGGCCACCUAAGAGAGGUUGAAAUGUCCAUUCAGAAAAUCAGCACAAUACUUUCCAAUGCAAUGGAUGUCGGUUCCAGCCUUUCUGAAUCAGAGAAGAUUUUGAGUAAAUAUCUGGAACUAGAUAAACAAGCUAAGGAGACAUCACAUGAAUUAGAAGCAGCUGCAAAACUCUUGACAGAGAAACAUGAUUUUGAACUUGAUGAACUGGCAUCGCUUUCUUCUAAAGCUAAAUGGCUAGAGGAAGAAUUAAACAUAUUUGGCCAAAGCAUCAACUCCAGGUCACGAGUCCUGCAAACUUACGUGGCAUUUCUAAAGUCAUCGGAGGAGGUAGAGAAGCAAUGUCAGGGCCUAAAGGAGUUUUACCAAACUGAUAUCCUACGAAAGGAGGAGGGCGGUGCUGAAGCCAAGCAUUGGUCUGACUCAGUGGAGAAGCAGUGGCAGCUAUUUUUAAAGAGGAGUUUUUUAACGCAUGACCUUGGGCUCGAGUUCCUUAAUUUAAUAAAUAUGGCAAAAGAAAAUGAAAUAUUAAAUGUGAAAAAUGAAGUACACAUCAUGGAGAACACUAUGGAAAGCCAGAAGGCGGAAAGGGAAGAACUCAGCCACCUUCGGACAGCCUGGCAACUUAAAGCCGCUGCAAGCAAGCCCGUGAAACAGCAGUGGGCAGCAUUCAAAGAGCAGCUUAGAAAGACCAUGCACAACUUAAAACUUCUUCAGGAAGCACUUAUGCCUGUGUCUGCACUUGACCUUGGAGGGAGUCUCCAGACCAUUUUAGGUCUACGGAAAAAAUGGAAUGAAAUGAAGCCUCAGUUCCAGCAACUGAAUGAUGAGGUUCAGUAUAUUAUAAGAGAGUCAGAAGAGUUAAAUGGCAAAGGAGCACCUGUGAAAGAAAAGUCUCAACAGCUGAAGGACCUUAUCCACUUCCAUCAAAGCCUGAAACAGAGAAUCCGAGAUUACGAGGACAUCCUAUAUAAGAUUAUCCAGUUCCACCAAGUCAGAGAAGAGCUGGGAAGACUCUUCAAAUCAAGAGAACUGGAGUUUCCAGAACAUGCAGAGGAAAUGAACGAUGCUCACGAUGCCCAGGUCCUCCUGAGACGCUCUCGGGCAAAGCAGGCGCAUAUAGACCAUCUGCAUGACCUGGCUCUCUCCUUGGGGGUGGAUGUCAUCUCAUCAGUGCAGCAGCCUAACUGCUCUAACGUUUCUGCAAAGAACCUGCAGCAACAGCUGGACAUGCUUGAAGGGGACUGUCUGACCUGGCGAGCCCAGACUGAGGACCAUGAGCGGGCCCUGACCCGCAGCCUGGAGUUCUGCAUUACAAGGGAUGAGAUAGGCGAGCUCAAAGAAUCAUUCAAAGAAAUAAAAAAGAAAUUCAACAAUUUGAAGUUUAAUUACACUAAGAAAAAUGAAAAAGCUCGAAAUCUAAAAGCUCUCAAAUACCAAAUUCAACAAGUGGAUAUAUAUGCUGAAAAACUACAGGCUUUGAAAAGGAAAAUGGAAAAAGUUGAGAAUAAAACUUCUUUCUUAAAUUAUCCAAAUAAUAAAGUGAAUAUCCUUUUGGAAGCCAUGAGGGAUUUGCAGAAGCAUGUGGAUGAAUUUGACAAAGUUGUAACAGAUUACAGGAAGAAUUUGGACCUGACCGAGCAUCUCCAGGAGUUGAUAGAAGAGUGUCACUUUUGGUAUGAAGAUGCAAGUGCCACGGUUGUAAGAGUUGGAAAGUAUUCCACAGAGUGCAAGACCAAGGAAGCAGUGGAGAUCCUCCACCAGCAGUUCAAAAAGUUUAUCACACCCUCAGUGCCUCAGCAAGAAGAAAGGAUCCAGGAGAUCAGUGACCUCGCUCAGCGCUUAUAUGGUUUUGAAGAAGGGCAGAAAUAUGCUGAGAAAAUAGUGGCCAAACACAAAGAAGUUCUUGAAUCUGUCACUGAAUUAUGUAGCUCUCUCACAGAGCUUGAAGAAAAGCUGAAGCAGGGAGAUGUUUUAAAGUUGAAUCUGAAUUUGGAAGACUUCCAUGAUGAUUGCAUUGACCUACUAAAAGAACCAGUGAGAAAUAAGCAGACAAUAUUCAAUGAUGGAAGCAAUAAGGAGCAGGCCCAGCCAGCCCCCAUCUUGGCCGUCAAUGGAGCACGAAAGUGUCAGCUUCCACAGGGCGUGAAGCAGCUGGUCCCCGGCAAAGAGAGUGUCCAAGGCCUGCUUCUGCCCGUGGACAUGCUUUCAGGAGAAGAAUAUGAGUGUGUUUCACCCGACGACAUCUCCCUGCCUCCAGUCCCAGGAAGCCCCGAUUCUCUCCUUGCUCCGUCUGACAUGGAGCUGGAGGCGCGUGUCAGCCCAUUCCCCCGCCAUCACUUAAGCGGCCACCAGAUGCAGACAGGGGCCAGCAGUCCAGGAGAGGCCCCGGUAUCUGGCUUUCCUCCACCUGCUGCUUUUGCUGAUGCUUGCAAUGAUAAGAGAGAAACGUUUUCAAGUCAUUUUGAGAAGCCUUCCCCGCAGGUCCAAGCUGAGCCCCCAUUAACAUCCCAAGGAUUUCUGGAAAAGAGUACUGCCUUCCACAAAAUCAGUGCUCAACUUCCAGACAGCAUGUGCAGUGAAGUGCAUGACAGAGCUUCGCAACAGCACCCCCAGGCUCAGGGGCAUUUGCUAGAAACACCAGAGAAAAUGCAUGCUGAUAAUAACGUCACUAAAACCCGAAAUAGGCUGCAUGCUUCCCAGGAUGCAUUCUCAGGCCUCGGGUUUCAGCCAGGGCCCAGCCAGGCCUGUCAGAGGCAAAUGGUUCCCCGAGAAGAGAUUAUAAGUAUACCAGCUAAGAACAGCAUGGUCAGCCUAGCUGGCCAGGCCCCUAAUUUCUCCAGGCUCCUGUCUAACGUAACUGUCAUGGAAGGUUCUCCAGUGACUUUGGAAGUUGAAGUAACAGGAUUUCCAGAGCCUACACUGACAUGGUACAAGAAGGGCCAGAAAUUGUCUGCAGAUGGGCGCUUGCAGGUUUUACACAAGGAGACGAGACACUUGGUGUUCAUUCCGAAGGUAUGCGAGGCAGAUGCAGGCCUCUAUGUGGCAUGGGCCCAAAACCCUAGCGGCAUUCUCUCUUCCAGUGUCAUCCUCCACGUGACAGGUAACUGCAAGCCGCCCAUCACGAGGAUAAACUGGGUCAUGCUGUGUGUCAUCUAUGUUACUGUGUCCCUGAUGUACUGGCUACUCACACAGUAAGUGCAGGGUUGGCACCCGUGGAUGUCAUUCUCAUGAGCCUAAAGGACAACAAUACAGCUGUUUAUUUUCCUGCAUCUCCCGUUUAGCACCCCCCACCAAGUGUACUUCCAGUCUAGCCAUAUUGCUUUUUUGGCUAAUGCCACAGCUCUGUGAAAUAAUCAAAUUUUCUUUAGUGCUUUAAUGUAUUUGAAGAGCUUGGUAAAUCAUUAGCAGUGAAUCAGGAUACAUCUUUGAAUUCUAGAAAGAGAUGUGUUUAGUGCAAAACCCAGUCAAAUUAUACUAUCUUUAUUCCCUCCUAAUUUAAGAGCAUGCAAACCAAGGUUUAUAUAGAUAUGCAGAUGUGAGUUUUAUUUCAAAUCCAGUUGUUUCAUAAUCUGUUUUUAAUUGUACUCAUAAACAUCUUCUUGUAGAAUAAGAGUAGAAACGUUGAGCUAAAAUUGUAACUUUCAUUAUUGCACAAGAUGUCUUUCAAUUUUGCUUUUCCUGUUUUGAUCCCAUUUAUUGAAAUAUGUUCUAUGUAGUUUCAAUGUAGCCUACAUUCCUGAGUCUGAGGAUGGCACUGCAAAUAGUCAUUCCCCCUGUUGAUCUCAUGGGUUUGACAUUGGAGAAUAGAUGGGCCGUCACCUUUAAAUGGAGAUUGAAACUUCCAUCAGCUGUGUGUGUCACAGAGCAAGGUGGAGCAUAGCUGCAGAGGUGGACCAGCAAUACUCCGGUCCUCCCACUGACGUAUUUUGGGCAGCCAUGUGUAUACAAUUGUAACCAGCUCCUCCUGCUUCUAGUCUUGUCCUGCUGCUAACCAUUUUUACAGCCAUUAUAGUGGUAAGGCAUCUCAGUGCUCAUUUUCCCAUUUGGAAAUGGGUUCAUAGUCUACCUCUUGGGCAAUUGAUGGUUUUAAUUUCAUGUCUUGUAAAGAUCUGAGAAAUGGAAAGUGCUCUAUGAAGGCUAAGGGUAAUUAUAUACUUUCAUGUCAUUUGUCAUCACACUGCCUCCUGCCCUCUAUUUUUCCUUCACAUAUUUGUUUCUUUAGAAUAUUAAAAAUUAAAACAGUGGAGUUAGUAUGUGAUUUUGAACUGUUUCCAUGUAGGAAAAUGAUGUUUUCUGAAUUGAAACUGAAAUCCUUUCCAAUUUCUUAAGACUAUCUCUUUUUCAAAGAUUUGAAAGUAAACUCAGGGGGAUAUAUUUAGUAUGAUGUCAGAGAGAAAAAGUAUAUAAUAGGAUGACAUAAGAUGAAGUCUAUCCUUUUCUUAUAAUUAUCCCUGUAACAUUGAAGAAUGUUCUAUGCCUUUCUGAAACAUAUUAUUCAGAAAAGAGGAUCAUUAUUUUAGUUCAUUAAAAAAAUAUAAGCAUGUAUAGGAGAAGCAUUUGUUUUUAGGUUUUAAAUGUAGUCUCAUCAUGUUAGGGUAAAAUCUAUAGUUGAAAGAAUAUUCAUUAUAGAUUUUUGAUAGAGGGGAGGAAUUAAUUAUGUUGCUAUAAAGACUGUCUGCAAAUAAAAAUAUUUAAAUUUAAUAUAUUCAAGUUUAUGUUAAAAAGUUACUGGAUGUUAUCUGAAGAUGUGAAAUGUGUGGCUAAGUAAAAAUAUAUGUGUGGCAUAUA